CAUUAUUUCAAUCUCAACACACAUCUCCAAAAUCCCUAGAAAAAAACCCUUCUUCCCCUCUCAACUCAUUUCUCUCUCUUCUCAACACAACACCAAUUACUCCAUAACCAAACUCCCAACUCUUUAUUCCUUCAAAUUCAUUCUCUCUCUCUUUCUCUCUCUCUCACAGAUCUCAAAGUGACCAUUUUUUUGAAGGCCGCCCCAAAACCCCAUUUGCAUUCCCUUCCUAACUGAGAAAAGAGAGUGAAAUAUCAUAGAGAGAGAGCCAAACAAAGGAAAGAAAAAGUGGCAUUUGGGAACUCAGAUGUCUCAUGUGAGAUGAAGAAGAAGACCCCCUUAAACCUCUACUUUGAUCUCUCACUCCUCAUUGUCUUGUUUCUAGGCACAGUCUCACUCUGUGCUGCUGAACAAGCCGUUAUCACUCCCCAUGGAGGCCUCACCGACACUGAAGCCUUGUACAUCAGGCAACGCCAGCUUCUCUAUUACAGGGAUGAGUUUGGUGACAGAGGCGAGAAUGUGAGUGUAGACCCAUCUCUGGUUUUUGAGAACCCAAGAAUAAAAAAUGCUUACAUAGCAUUACAAGCUUGGAAGCAAGCUAUUCUCUCUGACCCUUUGAAUCUCACUGGGAAUUGGGUUGGAUCUAAUGUCUGUAACUACACUGGGGUUUUCUGUGCUCCAGCACUAGACAACCCCAAGAUCCAAACCGUUGCGGGCAUUGAUCUUAACCACGGUGACAUUGCUGGGUACUUGCCAGAGGAGCUUGGUUUACUCGUUGAUCUUGCAUUGUUCCACAUAAACUCAAACAGGUUUUGUGGUACUGUGCCACACAAGUUCAAGGAUCUGAUACUUUUGUUCGAAUUGGAUCUCAGUAACAACCGCUUCGCUGGCAAGUUCCCAGCAGUGGUGUUGAAGCUCCCUCAGCUCAAAUUCUUGGAUCUGAGAUUCAACGAAUUCGAAGGUACGGUGCCCAAGGAACUGUUCGACAAGCCACUAGACGCAAUCUUCAUCAACCACAACAGGUUCAGGUUCGAUCUACCAGACAACUUCGGCAACUCACCAGUGUCGGUCAUUGUCGUAGCCAACAACAAGUUCCAUGGGUGUGUCCCAUCCAGCAUAGGAAACAUGUCUAACCUCAACGAGAUUAUCUUGAUGAACAAUGGGUUAAGAUCUUGCAUACCUUCGGAGAUUGGGUUGCUGCAGAAUUUAACGGUGCUUGAUGUGAGCUUUAACGAGCUUUUGGGUCCACUGCCUGACUCAUUCGGUAACCUAGUGAGUAUUGAACAGCUAGACGUGGCGCACAACCUGCUAUCUGGGACCAUACCAGCUAGUAUAUGUAAACUGAAGAAUCUUCAGAACUUUACCUAUUCGUAUAACUUCUUCACGGGUGAGCCACCGGUUUGUUUGUCUCUACCGGAUUUCAGUGACAGGAGGAACUGUUUGCCAAACAGACCGGAACAAAGGUCCGCUCAAAGAUGUAAGUCGUUCUUGUCUCGCCCUGUGGAUUGUAAUUCAUUUAGAUGCAAACCUUUCGUUCCUGCUUUGCCUCCACCUCCUCCGCCUUCGCCACCUCUUCCUUCACCUCCGCCACCUGUUCUCUCAUCUCCACCACCUUCACCUGUUAUCAAGCCACUUCCACCACCACCACCUCCACCUUCGCCUCCACCGCCAGUUUAUUCACCACCUCCACCUUCACCGCCACCACCAGUUUAUUUGCCACCUCCACCACCACCACCACCACCUCCUCCUCCUCCACCUUCACCACCACCUCCAGUUUACUCUCCACCGCCACCUCCACCAUCACCACCACCUCCUUCUCCACCUCCACCAUCACCCCCACCACCUUCUCCAUCACCACCUCCACCUCCCUCACCGCCACCGCCUAUUCCAUACUGUGUCCGCUCACCACCGCCCCCACCGCCAAAUUCACCACCCCCACCGCCACCUCUGUUCUCCCCACCCCCUCCAAUACCAUACUACUAUAAUUCACCACCUCCACCACAACACUCACCACCACCACCUCAACAUUCGCCACCUCCACCGCCUCACUCACCGCCCCCUCCUCCACAUUCUCCCCCACCACCAAUUUAUCCCUAUUUAUCACCGCCACCACCUCCAACGCCUGUAUAUUCUCCACCUCCUCCAGUCCAUUCACCACCUCCACCAUCCCCACCUCCUUGUAUAGAACCACCACCACCUCCUCCACCUCCUUGUAUAGAACCACCUCCACCACCUUCACCACCACCACCAUGUGAAGAGCAUUCGCCACCACCUCCUCCACCAGUUCACCACUUGCCACCACCAUCACCUUCACCACCAUCACCUCCACCACCACCACCCCAAGUUCACUAUAGCUCUCCCCCACCACCACCCGAAAUUCACUACAGUUCACCACCACCGCCACCCGCUCCAGUACCAUGUGAACAUCCUCCACCCGCUUCAUCACCACCACCACCAAUUGUUUAUGAAAGCCCACCGCCUCCGACUCCAGUAUACGAGGGGCCAUUGCCACCAAUCUUCGGAGUUUCAUACGCAUCUCCUCCACCCCCACCUUUCUAUUGAUUCUUUUGAGAAUUUUCUUCCUCUAACCUUUCCUCAACCACAAACAAACCCAAAAAUUAUUAAAAUAUCACAAUUUAUAUUUGCGGCCAUUGUUUCUUUUUCCUCUUUCUGUGCUCUACCUCCAACCAUUUUUCUUUCACUAUGGGCAAUUCUCGUCGCUCAUAGAGAAAGGAUAAAGUAGAGAAUGUAAAAGGGUCUCAGUGCAACUCUAGCAAUCAUCAUCUCCAGCAAUGUGGGCAUUAUAGUAUUAUAUUUGUUAAAGAAGAAGCAGAGAAGAGGAGAAAGAUAAACAGUGAGAGAGAGGUAAGAGGAUAAAAGUCUCUCCGUAUUUAUUUGAAUUGUUAUGGAUAUUUGAGUUGUGAAAUAAAAUUUGGCAGAGAAAGAGUAGGUUGCAGAGAAAGUUGUAUGUAUAGGGAUGAAUUGGAGACCAUAAUUCAGGGCUACAAAGGCAGCAGUGCUUUCUGCUGCUAUUACUGGUUCGUUGGGGGGUUUCAUUGUUAUUGUCUCUCUCUUUUUAUAUCAUACUUUUGUUUAUUUUUCUUUUAUCUGAUUUUAUAGUAUAAUCAUGAACAUUUUUACUUGUACUAUUUGAUUUUCAGAAUUCAGCAGAUCAUUCCUUUCU